GUUCGUCCGUUUCGCGAACGGCCUCAUGAACGAAAGCAACUCCUUGGUGGCAUCGGUGAUGGAGAAGCUGCCUGAGGUGCGGGCGGUGCAACUGCAGAUGCGAGACCCUGCGCAGUGGGGUGCGAUGACGGAGACUCAGCGAAACGAGAUUGCGGAGAGGUGUGUGAAGCACGCGUCGAUUUUUUUUUCGUGUUCGAGAAACGGCGUUGAUUUCUACUGAUCUAUGUGUGAACGCCCUCUCGUGGAUAUGUGCUGCAAAGCAUUUUUUUCGAACAACAACGAGGCUUCACUUCCCAUACCACAGAACCAUGCCCAACGUGGUCCUCCUUUCGCUAAUUUUCAUGACUCUGCCGCCUCACAGCUUUCGCCUCUUGCCCCGUCGAUACGUUGUAAUCUUGUUUGUUAAUUGCGAACGGGAUGUCUGUACCAGACACGAUGAGAACGAGAGAUCGCUCAAGUCCAACCUCAGCCUGUGCAACGAGACCCUUCACAUGGUGGCCUACCUUACGUCGGACCCCGACAUUCAGAAGGUACCAUUUGUCUAUUCGCUGCUUGGUGUUUUGUUUUACUGUCGUCGUCUACUUUUUGGCGGUUCAGGUUCAGGUUUCUGCUGGUGGUGUCAGUUGCUGUUGCGUGAGGAACGAGAGUGUCGCAAGAAAAGCGCACAACGUGCAAUAAGCACAAAAAAUUGGAAGUGUCGCCCACGGGAGCGUACCGCAAGUCCACCUCAAAAUCAGCUGUAAGAAAAUACUUGUAGUACUGUAGUCAAGAUAAAACCGUCAAUUUUGUGCAUGUUCUCUCCUGUGGCACUGCCUAUUUAUUCGUGCCCCCCUCCAUAUUUUUUUCGGAACGCCAUGCACUGGAAAAGCAAUGAACACUGCUUUCCCUGCAGACACCAUGCAACUGGUAUCGCCGGCGAACUGGAAGCAAAACGGCCUACCUUCGAACUUAUAGUUUUUAUCGCAACAGACUGCGGAAUACGAGGGGUGUCCACACUACAGUAUCACGGUGCCCCUUUGUCUCGAAGCGACCCUUGGUUUGAGAGCCAAACGACCAAGGCGCGCAGCGAACGAGUACUGUACCCCCACUUCUCAACCAGCGCCCGCAACACACACUGCCC